AGAAAAAAUCCCACAAAAAAAAGAGAGACCGAGAAAAAGUUAUGAACGCUUCAACGAACACGAUAAGCGGGAGGUUAACCUCGAGCGUGUACGACGGUCGUAGUAGAGAGGACGAGGAAGACUUGUACGAGCUGAUAACCGAAUAUCUCUUAUUAUUUCCUCCGAUAAAAAAGGAUCCGCCGACGAGCACCGAAUCGAAGAACGAGUUGCCACUUCGUGCCAGUCUGUUUCCACACGUUGCGCCAUACAUAGAAUUUCAACCUCACAACGCGAAGGCCCGAUACUUCCCUCGGGAAAUUCAACAACAUCUGCAAUGGGAUCUGACGUCGGCGACGCCAGCGAUCGUUCGAAAGAUCGUACAAAAUACGGGAUACCGAUUGUUGUCGGGUUGUUCCGGUUGGUGCGGCACGUGGAACGAGAUCAUGUACACGUAUAAUUUCUCGAAUCUGAAGAAUUUUCAAAAGGUCAAUCACUUUCCCGGUUCGUACGAGAUAGGACACAAGGAUCGCUUGUGCAGAAACGUCGGUAGAUUGAUAUUGCUUCACGGGAAGAAACGCAUAGACUUCGUACCGCGGACGUACGUACUACCGCACGAUUUCGAGAUACUAUCGAAAAUCUGGGAUAAGGGCCAAGAGAAGAAGUGGAUAUUGAAGCCGCCAGCUUCGUCUCGUGGUCGUGGGAUCAAAGUGAUCAGCAAUAAGACGCAGAUACCUAGCACGUGUAAUUAUCUGGUGAUCCAGCGUUAUCUCUCCAGACCGAAACUGAUAAACGGUAACAAGUUCGAUCUGAGACUUUACGUACUCGUGACCAGCAUCGAUCCUUUGAGAGUAUAUUUUUACGAAGACGGCUUGGUAAGAUUCGCGAGUAACAAGUACAGGGACAGCACCUCGACUCUCCACGAUCGUUUUAUGCAUCUCACCAACUACAGUAUCAACAAGUACUCCUCGGUUUAUAGCGAGAACGACAGCGUCGAUUCUUGCAAGGGCCACAAGUGGUCGCUCAAGUGUCUCUGGAGUCAUUUGGAGAAACAGGCGGUGAACACCGCGAGUAUCAUCGAGAGGAUUCACGACAUGACCGUCAAGACGAUCGUCUCCGCGGAGUCCUGCGUCAAUAAUUUCUCUCGCGUAUACGCCGCCUCUUGGUACAACUGUUACGAACUUUUCGGUAUCGACGUUUUACUGGACGAGAAUCUGAAGCCUUGGCUGUUGGAAGUCAACGCUUGUCCCAGCUUACAAACUCCUUCGUUAUUGGACGAAACUAUCAAGGGUGCUCUCGUCAAGGAUACCUUGAAUUUGGUCUCCUAUCGUAUACCAGCGGAAUUACCAAAUUGUUCCCUUCGUCAAGCGGUCGCUAAGAGCGAACAUUCCGCGAUCUGUCACGAUUUUCGAUUAAGCGAGAAGGGACUGACCAACAGGGAAAAGUUGAAACAGUUGCAAUUCGUUUCUAAGAAGAAACGGCAAAACUACUUGAACGAAAUCCUUCAGAAUCUAACUGCCGACGACGUCAGACGAUUGAUACAGUACGAGGACGAAUUAAAUCGAUUGGGCUCUUACCGAAAGAUCUUCCCUACCAAGGAUACGCACAAAUACUUCAAGUAUUUCACUUAUCUCGGUUAUUACAAUCGAUUGUUCGACGCCUGGGAGACGGCUUAUAGUCGGAAAAGGAACGAGGCUGUUCAAAGAUUGCGAGAGUUGUGUAAACAAAAAUUUCACCUUAGACGUCACAACGAUAUUCCGAGAGCUUGUCCGUGAUGUCUGCUCGUCCUCCUGAAAAGUUACUUGAGAACUGUGAGACUCUUCAUCGAAUAGUAUCGUUCGAAACGAAAUCUUUUUAAUUAAUAAUUAAAUUCAGAUAACAAAAGAGAGAGAGAGAGAGAGAAAGAGGGAGAGAGUUAUCAAUAAGCAUUUUAUGCAACGAUGAACGUCUCAUUGUUAACUUUUUAUAACUCGAUGUAACCACUUU